AUGCUUCCUCCUCCUCACCCUCCUCCCUCUGGGACUCAGUGUGGCAUACAAGAAGCUCAUUGGAGGAACCAGCACGAUAGAGAUCCAGAGCAACUUUCCCGGUUCUACGGCCUCGUGCCGCUUCCUCUGGGCACAUUUAACGUGAUGAACAAUUCAAUCUAUUACAUGAUCAAAGCAAGCGUUCCGUACAUAGCGGCAUCCUCAAGCGCUCGUUCGAUGCCGCAGUUCCCAGCCGUGUACGGAUUUAACACGGUCAUCCUGGACAAUACGUCCCCGGCCUUGCUGGACUUACCUUCGCCAGACUGUCUCUUUUCUAUUAAGCAGAACCUGACCGCUGGUGGAUCUUGGAGCAUGUCAGCGGUUGUGGAUGGAACAGUCGCCCGAUACAAUUCAUCAACGUCGUCCUAUAAAGACAAUGAUGCAUUUUGGACCGCAGCUUUCAAUCAAUCCUACAACCCCACUGGUCUGUCCACGAUCUCCCUCUACAAUGACUGUCAAAUGGGGAUGAUUAAUGGCUCAGAUAGCUUGCAUAGUGAGAACCCGGGCCCGUAUUGUCUGAUUGGCUUCUUCAAGGGAGAUGCAUACGGUCUGCACAUCUACAGCAACGCAACUGAAUCCACCAGCCUCGCUUUCAGAAUGAACGCCUACAAGUUCGACAUCCAGUGA